CUUCGCUAUCUUUUCUCUCGCGCUUGUAACGGUCCUCAUCAGCUGUCAAUACGGACCUGAACUAAAAGCCUGCGCAGCAACCUUUAAAAAUAACUAAAAACAAUGACAGACGGAGCAAAAUCAGAGACAACACUCCGGAACAAAAAGCAGCGUUAGCAGACUUUUAGCCUUUCUGUGCUCCUGCAGGCCGGUAAACAUCAGCGUCGGAGGAAGCCAUGCCAGUGGAGAGUGGGAGCAGUGGCGCCGCCCGCCAGGCCAAGCAGAAGAGGAAGUCUCACAGCCUCUCCAUCCGCAGGACCAACAGCACAGAGCAGGAGCGCUCUGGUCUGCAGAGAGACCUGCUGGAAGGACAGUCCUCUGAUAAUCUGGACUCCUUCAUGAGAAUGGAGGACACCAAACUGCCUCUCUCACUGAGGACCAAUCUGUUGGACCUGUUCAGUCAGAUCGAGAGAGAGUUUGAAAACCUCUACUUGGAAAACAUUGAAUUGCGCAGAGAAAUCGAGUCCCUGAAUGAUCGUUUGGCUGCAGACGGACAGACAGUGGAAGGAGCAGAUUUAGCUAAAGGAGCUCUUAAAACAAAAGCAAGUCACAGCACCAGUCAGCUGUCUCAGAAGCUGAAAACAACCUACAAGGCCUCUACAAGCAAGCCGCGUUCAAAUUCUUGCCAUGCCAGAGUAGUAGGCGGAUCCCGCAACUUCAACGUACCCAGUUGGGAGUUGUGGGGCGGAGACUCAUGGAUUGUGUCCAGUUUCAAAGCGACCACAACCAGAGCAGUUUGCCAGCUGGUCAAGGAGUAUGUUGGCCACAGGGACGGCAUCUGGGACCUCAGCAUCACCAGGACCCAGCCUGUGGUCCUGGGUACCGCCUCUGCUGACCACACAGCGAUGCUGUGGAGCAUUGAGACCGGAAAGUGCCUCCUCAAAUACCUGGGCCACCAAGGAUCAGUUAACUCCAUUAAGUUCCACCCCACUGAGCAGAUGGCUCUAACAGCCUCCGGAGAUCAGACGGCGCACAUCUGGAGAUACAUGGUGCAGCUCCCUACUCCCCAACCUGUUGCUGAUACCGCUCAGACGCCCUGUGAAGACGAUGUGGACUUCUCAGAUAAAGACGACGCAGACGGUGAGGUUGAGGGACCCAACGACUGCCCAUCGGUUCGCGUACCAACCACGACGCUCCGCAGCCAUCAGGGGGUGGUGAUCGCUGCUGAUUGGCUAGUGGGAGGCAAACAGGUGGUGACGGCCUCCUGGGACCGAGCUGCUAACCUCUAUGAUGUGGAAACCUCAGAGUUGGUCCACUCGCUCACUGGUCAUGAUCAGGAGCUGACCCACUGCUGCACCCACCCCAACCAGCGCCUGGUGGUGACCUCAUCCAGGGACACCACCUUUAGGCUGUGGGACUUCAGAGACCCGUCCAUCCACUCUGUCAAUGUCUUCCAGGGACACACAGACACUGUGACGUCUGCCGUCUUCACCGUGGGAGAUAACGUGGUGUCAGGCAGCGAUGACCGCACCGUCAAAGUGUGGGACCUGAAGAACAUGAGGUCGCCCAUAGCAACCAUCCGCACAGACUCUGCUGUCAACAGGAUCAGCGUGUCUGUGAACCAGAAAAUCAUCGCCCUUCCCCACGACAAUCGGCAGGUCCGACUGUUUGAUAUGUCCGGAGUGCGACUGGCUCGACUCCCACGGAGCAACAGACAGGGUCAUCGUCGGAUGGUUUGCUGCUCCGCCUGGUGCGAGGACAACUCCACCUGCAACCUGUUCACCUGUGGCUUCGACAGGCAGGCCAUCGGCUGGAACAUCAACAUCCCGGCUCUGCUGCAGGAGAAAUGAUCUCCUCCUCUUUCUUCUUCUUCUUUCCAUUGUUAGCAGUGAAAUCUCACCCACAGCGUGCGUUGGUGUCUUGUUGGUCUUAAAGACGGAUGUAAGCAGUUUAGUUUAGAUGUUUAGUGACUCAUGGCUGACAGGAUGGAGUCUGUUUGAUUAAAAUAAAAUGAAGUCCUCAGAGACUUUUCACAAGCUGAGGGGCUUUAUAAGCAUCAGUCUCACUGUUUUUCACUGUAAGGAACAAAAGCAAACCUCUGAACCACUCACUGAUGAAAGCACAAACAUGUAGAGAUGCUCCUUCUUCCUGAAGGUUAACGCAGGACACAUUAGUCUGAAGCUCAACGUUUAGAUUCUCUGUGCUGCUUGUAUCUGCUUCCUGCUGCAAACACCAAAUCUAAUGUGUGCCACUAACAGCAGAUUAAAGGAAACAUCUGUGAACUUUU